GUGCUGGGACUGCCACCAAAGGCGAUUCUCUGGUACUUUCCGGCUGCAUACUGCUUCUAGCUCGAACCUUAUCGCACAACGUCAAAAAGCCAAGAAAAGAGUUUUCAAGAAAUGGGUUUUUUAGACUACCUCUCAGAUAGGUUUGAAUGGCACAACACUUGGGGUGAGAGGAGAAAGCUCAAGAAACUGAAGAAAAGGCCCCUUCAGACGGUGGAUAUAAGAGUGAAGAUUGACUGUGAGGGGUGCGAAAGAAGAGUGAGGAAGUCGGUGGAACACAUGAGAGGGGUUUCAGAGGUGGAGGUUGAUCCGAAGAAGCACAGGUUGAGAGUAAUCGGGCAUGUGGAUCCGGAUAAGGUGUUGCGACGGGUGAGACAUCGAACCGGGAAGAAAGCUCAGUUCUGGCCUUACAUCCCCCAAGAGGUCGUCGAGCAUCCCUAUGCUCCUGGGGUUUAUGACAGAAAGGCUCCGGCUGGUUACGUCCGGAACGCGGUGGAUAAUCCUCAGAUUUCUAGCCUUGCUCGUGCCAGUUCCACUGAAGUCAAGUAUAUGACUGCGUUUAGUGAUGACAAUCCUAAUGCUUGUUCCGUAAUGUAAACUAGUUAGUAUCCAUCCAUCGCGUGUGUGUAUAUUUACAUGCAAUUGCAUGGGUUUUAAGAGUUCUAUCCUUAAUAUCAGAACUGCUUCCUUUCUGAGAGAGAAUAGAAGGUCUGUGAAAGGUUUCAGGCUGAACUCCCUCUCCAGGAAUUAUCGUCAAAUCACAUGACUUAUCCACAUUCUUGCAGCCAGUUUCCAAAUUUCCCUUGACAAUUUUCUCUUUCUCAAUGUCCUGUAUGGGAGUAGACUCAGGAAUAGCAGCUUCAUCAGAAGGUACUAAUGAAGUCCUUUCUCGCCUUUUCUUCCGUUUCUUACUGCCCAGACUGGUGACCGGUUGGUCAUCCUUGAGUUGUUCAGAUGCAGCAUUUGUGACGGAUAUGCUUUCCUGUUUGUCUGUCGUACAGGAUGCCAGCUGGGUAACCUUUUUCCUUUUACUAGAAUGUGAACGAUCUCUGACAUUUUCUUCCAUUCCUAAGUUGAGGCUUUUCUCUACAGCAGGCUCAGAUUGUGAUGUUUUAAGAGCUGCCGCUAUGUCACUCCAGUACAAAUCUGAAGUCUUACGCCCAUCAACAUCUUUGUCUCUUAUCUCCAUCAUAAUUUCUUCUUGGGCAUCUUCUUGGGCAGCACGACACCGGAUGCAUCUUUAUGCUGUAUAACCAAAUGAGAGGACAGUCAAGUCAGCUUCUUUGUAUUAGUUAGGUGAUGAUUUGCAAUAAAGUGGCUUUUCUAACA